AUGAAUUUAACUACUGAAUACAUUAAAGCUCGCGAUUUUAUUCAAACAGAAUUCCGACCAAACGGAAGCUGGAGUUUGUUUGAGUUCAUUAUACGUUUCGUAGGUGGAUUUACUUCUAUGUACGAACUUACCAACGACAAACUCUACCUAGAUAAGGCAGUUAUGUGCGCAGACGCCAUUUUCCCUCUGAUGAGUGGCGGAAUUUUCGGAGGAGGUGUCAGUUUACGGACAGACAGUACUGGAAAGAUCACUGCGAAUGGCGGAGGAGGUGGAGGACACAAUGUAGCUGAUUCUAAUACAUACCAGCUUGAGUUUAUUUCGCUUUCUAUGUUAACUGGAGAUCCGAAAUACGCUGAUUUGGCCGUAAAGACGUAUAAACACAUGUGGGGUAAGUUUAGGAAUCAAGGAUUGAUACCUGAGAACUUCCACAGUGGUAGUCUUCACGUAGGAGCAAAUAUUGACUCAUAUUAUGAAUAUAUUAUUAAAAUUUACGUAAUGACGAGAGGUGUAGCCAAUAACUUCCUUAACAAACACCUUCAGAUCGUAAAGGAUAUAAAAGAAAAGCUUGUUAUCCAUUCUGGAAAAAAUAAUUAUACAGGACUCGGAGUUUAUUCGAAUGGAAGGACUGAUCCGAUGCAGGAACACUUAGGAACAUUCGCUGGUGGUAUGAUAGCAGUAGGAACUGUUAAAGAAAACCCUCAUGCGACUGAAGAUUUGAAAUUGGCCGAUGAAUUGGUCACUGGUUAUGCCAAAGCAUACGAAUUCACGCAGACAGGUGUUGGACCAGAAAAAAUCAGAUUUUCACGUAGCAAAGACCACGAUUUCGAAAUUGAAAACUGUGAAUACAUGUUAAGACCAGAAUCUAGUGAAAGUGUUUACGUUAUGUGGAAAUUCACAGGUUUGCCGAAGUUUAGAGCAUUCGCAUGGAAUAUGUUCAAUGGAAUUAAUACAUACGCUAGAAGAAGCAAAGGAUUCUCACAUAUAAGUAACGUAGAUAGUAAGAACUCUUGGGGAGCUCCAGGACCUCAAGAAAGUUUCUUCUUGGCUGAAACAUUGAAGUAUUUGUACCUUACUUUCGCAGAUACAUCCAUUAUCUCACCAGCUCAGUGGGUAUUUAACACAGAGGGACAUCCUUUGAGGAUAUUCACAGAAGAAGAGGCUCAGAAAUGGAAAUCUGUCCUGAAUUUCUAA